AUGGAACAACCGCAACACGUCAAUUCGCCAUCCCACAUGCCGACAUGGCACGAGAACAAAAGCGAAAAGGCGACCGCUAUGCCAUCUCGGCCUCAAUUCUCAUCGUCGUCAAAGUGUCUUGAACCACUUGACGCAGACAGAAUGGAUCUGCGAUACAUCUUUGCCAACAGACUUAUGCCUGUCGCUUUUGCCCUGCCAUGGGUUGCGAGCAUGGUCAUAUCCUGUAUCCCAUUCACCAGGAUCAGUUUAAUUGACGCCCCAGACUUUCUUAUUUUGGCUGCGCUUAUCAGCAUCGUCGAAGUUCUUAGUAUUGUCGCAGUCUUUAUCUACGCAUCCCUCCGCUCCGACACCGACACCAACAGCACCUUUAAAGAGAAAUGUCUCCGGGUUUGGUUCUGGUUUUUGUUCAUCAGCCCAUUCGUCACUGGUACCAUGGUUGUUCUCAUGGCUAGCGAUAUUUCGUGCGACCCAGAGGAUGAUCUGGACAUGCACCAGCCAAUCUGCCAAGUUGGUAUCCGUCUCAUCAAAGCCACAGCAUUAUGCCGAGCUGGAAUAAUUGCAUCAUUUCUUUUCGCUACAUCUUCGUGGCUAGAGCGCCGUCCCAGACAGCCCACUAUUAGCUACUAUGACCCUCUUGAAGAAGAACCCUGA